AUGGCCGCGGCGCGCUGCCCAGUCACUGGGAAGUGGGCCGGCGACGUCUCGCGCCCGCCGGGCUCGCUGCCAGAGUGGGCGGCCAGCGCCAAGCAGCGGGGCGCAGGAUACCUGCGAGCGCAAUCGGCGCCGGCAACGACCCAGACUCGCUAUCAGGACGCUUACGAGAAGCUCAUGGGCUUCGCCAGCGAGCACGGUCUCAGCGUCCUGGCAGGGGCCGCGGUCGACGCCAGCCUGGAGGUCCACCUGGAUCACCAGUGGCUCGACGGCAGGGGCAUCUACGACGCCCGGGUCGCCGUGCGCGGCACCGCGCACGUGCAGUGCAGCAACCUGAAGGACCCGACCGCGCUGCAGCUCGCCCGCGCCGCGCUGCGCGGCUGGCAGCAACGCGUGGGGGGCGUUUCGCGAGACCCCAUGCCACAGCAAGCUCUGUUUCUUGCUUGCGACUGGCUCUGCGACACCGGCGACAAGGCCGACCUCAGUGCCGCGCAGGCCCUGAUGACCCAGUUUCACGGGUACUUGCGACCGGGCGAGGUGCGCCCGAUCACCGCGAUCGAUAUCAUGGUGGCCGGGGAGCAGGACGACACUGCGGUCUUCGGGGAUGAUGCCUCCAAGAAGGCCGGCCGCGACCAGGCGGCCGGCCUCCUCGCCAAGCUCAAGGCAGCGAAGCGAGGCAGCUCCGUGCCAUUGUCCGGCCUGACCUUGGCGGAGUAUGAGCGCCGCUGCAAGGCUGCCUUCGAGGCCUGCAGUCUUCGCGCCCUCCGCCUCAUACCGCACAUGGACCGGAUCCAGUCGCGCGGGCACUGGGAGGCCAGGAAAAGCGCCCUUCGUUAUAUGAAGCAAGGCCGUCUCAUGCGACAGAUUGGCAAGCUGACUCCCGCUUACCUGCAGAAGUACAAAUCAGUCUCCACUUCUGUGUGCAGGAAGCUUCUCCGCUUCUGA